CCUGUAAAACUUGCCCGUGUCAUCAAAGUCCUUGGCCGUGCUGGUUCUCGUGGUGGUGUGACUCAAGUCUGUGUUGAAUUUAUGGAUGACACCAACCGUAGCAUUAUCCGUAACGUGAAGGGUCCUGUUCGUGAAAAUGAAGCUUGUCGUCUUCGAUAA